GCCGCAUAUGUCGUCCGGAACCGCCGUCUCGCCGCAGCCGCGGUCCUCCAGCCCACCAACCGCCGCCGUCUCCGCCCAUUCCCGCACCGCUCCCGCCGCCGACGAGCCGGAAGCUCCAGACCCGGCCCAACCCCCGCCGCACCAUGCCUCGCAGUCCCCACCCCCCUCCGUGUCCGACGAGGCGGAGGCGCCGGCCCAUCCCCAACCCCUGCCGCGCCACCCUUUGCCGUCCUCCUCCUCCUCCUCCCCAUCCACCGCGGCCGACGAGACGCAAGGACCGGUCCAGCCCCCGCCCCAGACCCAGAUGCACCGGCCUUCGUCGCCGUCCCCUUCCACCGCGGAGCCGCAAACCCCUGUCCUGCCCCAACCGAACCAUUCGUCGCCGCCUCUCUCGGGGGACGACGACGACGAUGACGUGGUCAUCACCGGGGCGGUCGGCGGGGCUUCGACCGCGGCGGAUGAGCGGGUGAAGGGGCCGUGGUCGCCGGAGGAGGACGCGAUGCUGACCAAUCUGGUGAUGAGGGACGGGGCGCGGAACUGGACGACGAUUGCGCGCGGAAUCCCCGGGCGCUCCGGCAAGUCUUGCCGCCUCCGCUGGUGCAACCAGCUCGAUCCUCAAGUCAAGCGCAAGCCCUUCACUGAGGAGGAGGACCAAAUGAUAAUAUCUGCUCAUGCAAUUCAUGGGAACAAAUGGGCAUCUAUUGCAAAACUUUUGGUUGGGAGAACCGACAAUGCAAUCAAGAACCACUGGAAUUCUACUCUGAGGCGUCGCUACUGCACUGGUACCCGAUGCACACGAAGUGCUUCUGCGGAGCAACCUAUUAGAGAGAUGUCCAGGGCAGCUUCAGAAGAACGGUGGCCAUUGUCGGGUCCUAGUUCCUUCAGCGUUAUGGAAGUAAAGGAAGCUCCUGUGCAAACAGUAUCUGAAAGCUCUGCUAGGGCGUUGCAAAUCAGAGAUAUUAACAAUUUUAGCAGUGAAGCUGUUGAACGAUCCUACCCGGUGCGACCAGUGGCUACGGUUGGUGCUUUCAGACCAUACAGUCUAGGAUCUGCUCAACCGAUGCAAAUGGAAAUGUCGAGCUCUACCAAGUUUCCAACCCUUCAGCCUUUCACUCCUGAAAUUGCGGUCUCCAAGUUUGCUGAUACUACAUGCUUUGCUACUGAUGUGCCAAACAAAUGUGGCCAUGGUUGCUGCAGCACUGAAGAGCGACCUCGUAACAACUCAUUGUUGGGACCUGAGUUUAAAGAGUUUAUAGACCAUCCUCCAAUUUUGAGCAGUAGUUUUGCUUCGUUGGUGUCUGAAAUCAGCAGCAUUGCCUGGAUGAACAGUGGUAUGCAAAGCAGUAACUCUGGCAAUUUAGUGCAGUCUAAUCCUCCAGCCUGACAAAUUAGGAAUCCUGUGAGUUGGAAUACUGAAAAUUGGAGUUGUUACUUUUGGAUAUGAUGAAGUCAACCAUGAUUAUAAUCUUCCUGAGAUGUGUGCUCCGUAAAUUGCAAGGCAUGUCUCCCUUCCAGCUUUUAGUAUAUGUUUUCAUACUUCUUACAGGUCCUUACAUCGCUCAUUUAUACUGCAUCACACAUGUAGGUAUGAAUGUGACUGUUGCGUUAUAAGGAAACCCUAAAACUAAUUGCAUUCCAUGUAUUAUGUCAUGCUGCCAAUUAUACGUCAGCGCCAAAUAAUGAGACUCCCCAUUUCCUUUUU